CAUCUCAUAGUCACACCACAAAGAUGGCGACCAGUUCAUCGACGAACCAAGUCAUUGUCUUCACAAUUUCCCUUCUCUUGGUCGCCUUCCAAGAAGUCCAUGCAGACUACUACCGUCCAAGGCCACCGGUUACUCCUACCCCCUACGUCCCUAAGCCAUGGAUCCCACUCCCGAGCCCUAGGCCUGUUUAUCGGCCUCCUACCAUCCCGCGUCUACCAGCUGGCUCAAUCGCAAGACAGUUCCUUGACCCACAUAAUGCUCUUCGGUCUAGACUAGGUUUGCCUCCACUUGUUUGGGACAGCAAGCUAGCGAGUUACGCGACAUGGUGGGCGCACCAAAGGCGUUACGACUGCUCGUUGACCCAUUCAACAGGCCCAUACGGUGAGAACCUGUUCUGGGGAAGUGGCACGAGCUGGGCACCAGGAUUCGCGGUGCAUACAUGGGUGGUUGAAGGCAGCACAUACAACUACAACACCAACUCGUGUGACGGAAGUGGAAUGUGUGGUCACUACACUCAGAUGGUGUGGCGUGACACCAAAAGGCUCGGGUGCGCUAGUCUGGUCUGUGAAAACGGUGCAGGAGUUUUCAUCACUUGUAACUACGACCCUCCGGGUAACUACGUUGGCGAGAAGCCUUACUAAGAAAAAAACACUUCAAACGGUGUUUUUUUAAAUACUUGACUGUAUUUAAUUUCUUUUAUAUAUUUUCUGUUUCAAAUAUCUCUGUGAAAUUAAAAUUUCCGAGACAUUUAAUAUGUAUGGAUCAUCGUUUUGUUGUUGUUGAUGUUUCUAA